AAUGAACAUCACACCAAUGUGACUACAGGGGUGGUGUACAUUCGCUGGGGGCGGACAUCAUGCCCGGGGGACGCACGGCUGUUGUAUAAAGGUCGCAUAGGCGGAAAUUAUUACAGUCACACUGGGGGUGGCUCGAACCAUAUCUGCCUUCCUGAUCAGCCACUAUACGCAAAGUACGAUGACAGUUGGCAAGGUUCUUCUUCCGCUGUAUAUGGCGCCGAGUACGCCGUGAGUGAUUUUAAUCCGUUCAAGAAACCUCUCGACAAUUAUGACGCCCCAUGUGCAGUGUGCUACGUUGAGUCACGUGGUUGUCAGUUGAUGAUCCCUGCUAGGUAUGCAUGCCCCUCUGGGUGGACACGAGAGUACUGGGGCUACCUCAUGACGAAGAGUUUCUCGAGUAAAGGAAACGCUGAUUUUAUUUGUGUUGAUGAGGAUGCAGAAUAUGUGCCGUUUACUCAUGGAGCUCAAGGCGGAGUCAAAUUAACCCCGGUCCAAGGACACUGCUAUGUGUUACCGUGUGGCCCGUAUGUUGUGGGUCGGGAACUGACAUGCGCAGUUUGUACCAAGUAAAGAACAUUUUGAAAUUAAUUCAUUGUGGAACUACCCCGUUAAAAAAAUUAGUUUAUCUUUAAGGAGGACGAGAUACAAUGUACUUUGAAAAAUUACAAAACACACAAAUUGCCAGAAAGAAGAUUGAAGGUGCUGCUUUAAUUCAGUCCGUCUUGUGUACCAAUACUAAGCAUAGGGAAAUUUAAUCUUUGUAGAAGCUGACGCGAAUUAAAUUAUUAUAGCACCGAUAGACAGUAAUACUUAUGUCCAGCUGAAGAUGGAACUGCAAAGGCUGCAAAAAUUAGUUAAUAAAAUAAAUCCCUUCUUUCGUUCGUUUUUACCUUUUUUCUAAGCAUGGUUUAGCUUGCGUAGCAGCCGUUUCUUUUCCUUUUCCAGGUAGAAAGAUCGAACAAGCGAGCGAGCAAGCGGGCGAACGAAGGGGCGUGUCUAAGGUAAGCAAAGAAAGGGGAGAAAUUGGAAGGGAAUGCGCGAGAAGGGGAAGGAGUGGGGACCUUAUUUUUCACAUUCGCUCGCAGUUUCGUUCCCUUCGAGUGCUUUUUUGGAAACGCUUGCUGCGCAGGCUAAGCAUGGUUGAGGAAAGGUAAGUGUUCGCUGACAUCUUAACAAAAUUACUUUGUAUUAGUCCAUGUUACAUACGCUAUUUAGAAAAUAGCCCUAUGCGAAUACGCGUGCUGAUUGGUUUAAAAUCGUGUUACUAUUAAACAAUUAGAUUAUGAGCUCGAGAUUUCUAUCGCGGAUAAUUGAUGAGGGCGCAACUAAGUCUACUAGUCGUUCAAAACUAUAUCUAAAUCUUCUUUGAAAACACUUCGAAAACGCCAAGAAGCGGCCGUCAUUUUAAUUUGUUACCAAGAGCUCACUGCUACAAUAUACUCCCUGUCUAUCACAGAUAAACAAUAGAGUGUUUCUGUCG